UCUCAAAAAGUUAGAGUUGAAGCAAGAAGAAAAAAACAAGAAUUCCAGACUGAGAGGGCCAACAGUAAUAAGUUGUUGGAUGAAUUGUCUAAAGAACUGGAAAAACAUUCAGAAUCUGCAGGAGAAACUCGUUUGCGAAGCCCCAGUCUCUUAGAACUACCUGCUCAGUACCGAGAACUCCAGCAGGAGCUUAAAAAAGUCAAAGACGAAAACAAGUUAAUAUUAGAAACUAAUGAAGAAUUAAAUGCUCAGCUGUUAGCAAAUAGUUUGCAAGAAGGUCAAACACUAGUAAGCCAAAACUCAGCAAUUUCUUUAGCAGACGAAUUUGAAACCUUAACCAAAGAUGAUAUGAUGAAGGCAUUACAUGAACAAAAAGAAGUAAAUGCAAAACUGAAAGCCUACAUUGAUGGUAUUCUUAUGAACAUCAUAGAAAACCAUCCACAGCUCUUAGAGGUGAAAAAUCCAUNAAUAAUAUUUAUAAUGCACAGACAAUAA